CGCAAUUUUCUGACUGGUUAGACUUUCUUCAAUGAUGUGAUCUUGGGCUUCUAUACUCUCGUAUUGUUCUUCGCAUAAUGACACCUUUUCCCAUAUCCAUCAUUUCCGCUUGGCCAGAUGGACACGCGACGUGCCCAAUAUGAAUCUGAGUAGUCCCACUAAAGAAUUUGCACACAAGUUGAAUGAGAACAACUCCUCAUUAUGAGCAGGCUUACACCCAUCGCAUCAACGAACCUCGGAUUGCCAUCCGAUACAUAUGUCUACUCGAUUGUGUCGACGGCACCUUUCAACGCUAAUGGGCGUCUCGCAAUCAUCUCGUCUGAUGAUAGUUUACGACUCAUUGACGCUACCACCCUGCAGCUCCUCCUACCAGACGGACUGUUUACGCUCGUUAAUCGAAGUGUAACUUGCUUAAAGAGGGCUUCUGCUGAUGGCAAUGUCCUAUCUACUUGCGGGAGAGACGGGGAAAUAAAUUGCUGGGAUCUGAGGAGUCAUAAAAAUGUGUCGCAAAUCAAAGCUCCAAGGGGACUUCCUCUAUCGGCUCUAGAAUGGAACCCAUUAUCAAGUACAAUUGCCGCUGGGGUGGAGCUUGAUUGUAAUCCUCCAGGAGAGGCUCCUGUGUUCAUAUGGGACAUGCGAAACGUUGCAAGGCCCAAACUGGAAUUGCUCGAAUCUCACAAUGACACCAUAACUGACCUACAUUUCAGUUCAACACACCCUUCUCUACUUCUUUCCUGCGCAACUGAUGGGCUUGUCAACGUCUUCGAGACUGAGCAGCCGAAUGAAGAGGAUGCCCUGCAUCAGAUUAUAAAUCAUAAAUCUGCCGUCCAUCAUGCAGGCUUCCUCCGUCAAUCAAACAGUAUAUAUGCCCUUAGUACAGACGAAGUAUUGUCCACGUACAGCCUACAGGGCCCAGACGAAAUCGCAGUGGACCCCGACCCGACCCAUCACGGUGACCUACGCGAGAGACUUGGCUGUGAGUACAUAGUUAACAUAGUCUAUGGAGACUCUGAUGCCCCCUUCGUUGCUGCUGGAAGUCAUAGUCGGCAGAGUUUGACACUAUAUCCGUUCCCUUUGGCGGAUAGCGUGGAUGUCACGUGGGAGCUUGCUGGCGCUCAUGGGGACGACAUUGUGCGAGAUGUCUUGGUUGAUGCACCCACAUCGACUGUGUUCACGUGUGGAGAAGACGGUCAAGUCAAGGCUUGGAAACAGCCUAGUUCACCUUACAGUACUACCUCGAGUGCGAAGGAGGGACGGCAAGGGAGAAAGGCGAAGGGAAAAAAAGGAGGGUUCCAUCCGUAUUAAUGUAGAGAUAGACUAUAUUUAGAAUUACUACAUGCCU